UACGUCAGUCACCUGACAAAAUGUCAACUGAAGAAAAUGAAUCGAUCCUUAAUGAAAUUUUCAAAAAUGAAGAAGAUCAGCAAAUCGUGCUCUCAAUUAGAGAAGAACUUAUGGAAAGGGUAAUGGACGAAUGCUAUAAAAGUUACAUUAAAAGUCAAACUAUAAAAUUUGUCGUGCAGUGUGCCUACGAUGCUUUAUUAAAAUAUUUGUCAUUUGAGUGUUACUAUCAUCCAGAACCGCCCGAUACAUCUACGCCUAUUUGGACUCCUGAUUUGCCGAUAGAACCUUCUCCAAAAGACACGUGGGCUGCUGAUGCCGUACCUAUUAGAUAUGUUGAUUAUUGUGAAGAAGCACCAGAUAUAAUAUAUGAGAGCCGUUCGAUUUUUACCACCCCAAGCAAUACGAAGACUGACCUUACAUUCGAUUUCACAGAUCACCAAUCAGAAGUAUGUCCAUGUAUUGAGCAUCUGUGCAUUUGUAAGAAACCGAUUGAGAACGUAUGGGAAGAAACUAGCAUAUCCAACUCAUCACCACCAUUUGAAUCAACAAAAUACGCCAGUACGGUGCCACUAGAUGAAUAUUCAAUAGUAGAUGAUCAAAAGUUAAAUAAUACGGAUCAAUCAGUCACUAUUAGCGAAUCAUAUUUUUCUAGUUCCGAGUUUACCAAUCAAGUACCAAAUAUAGAGGAAACCACGACAGGAAGUCAAACGACAUAUCAUAAUGAAAGUAGUAUCAAAAUGGAUGCAGGUGAACCUAAAAUUAUGUCCAAACCAAAGUUUAGAAAGCGUUCUAAAAUUAAAGAAGAAGCUGAUAAAAAAAUUAAAGUCCCGGAUAGCUUAUGUAGAGGAUCUAUAGCAAGUGACAUUAUUUUGCCUCCAAUCAGAGUUAGUACAGCUUUGCAUUCGAAGAUGAACACACAAGAAAAAAAAUAAUGUGUCCUAUUAUUAUGGCAAAAGCAUGAUUAAUUAAUUUUUGAUUAAAUUAAAGGUUUUGAUAAAAAAAUAGAGUUAUUAUGCAAUAAAAGUAAGUUUUUAAUAUA